GAUGAGGUGGAGAGUGUCUUCCAGACCAAGGGAUGUCUUCGCCGAUUCGAGACCGACUUCCAGCAGUUGUUCCCUAAGAUUCACCCGAAGUACUCCAAACGCACUUCAUCUGCCAUUUGGGACGACUCUCACGAUAUCUUCGGCAGUAAAUCAUCUCUCAAUCACAAUGAGUGGGUUUCGGUCGUAUCGCGAGACCAAUACCAUCUCAGGUCUCUCUGCGCGCCAUAACGUGAUAAUCGGUGGCAACGGUUGCGGCAAAAGCAAUGUCUUGAAUGCCAUCCAAUUUGUCUUAAGCG